CGCAGAGGACAUAUAAUUGGAAUACCAUAAAACGCUUUUACAGGAAGAUGUUCUUUUUCAGAAAGGAAACAUAUUCAAUUAUGAUUAGUUUGUGUUGCAGCUGAUUGAUGACGUCACGUAACCAUGGUAACUGGUAAGAAAAGAAAACACAACACAGUAAGGAAAGAAGACGAAAGACGUUUUUUUAUAAAAAAUGGUUAAACAAAUAGAUGAUCUUCUAAGGAAACUAGGAUGGGCAGACGGGUUCCAUAUUCCAGUAGCAAGUGAUGAAAAUAAAGCUCUAGAAAAACAGGUUGAGCAGUGUAUAAAAAAGAAAGGUGAAUUAACCAUUCAGUAUAAGGAUCUCACUGAUCGAGUGAAUUCACUCAUGAGGUAUGCUGAAAAUGUUAAACUUGAGCAGCAACAGAACCAGGCUAUACUUAUCGCACAUAAAAGACAAGUGGAGACAGAGGAAAACCUUUACCAGCUGGCCCGGGCUGAACAAGACAGCUAUGAACGGGAGUUGCGACUCAUAAGUAAGGCCUUUCAUGAGCUUGGAGAGAGACGAGUGGCUCUACAGAAUGGAAUCAUUACUCACACCGAGAAACUAGAGAAAUUAAAAGCAAAUGUGGAAUGGGACAAGGAUGUGUUGCGUUGUUGGGAGGAAGACAUUGCAAGAGACGAUGAACACAGUCAGCUACUGGCAAGAUACAUGACUGAGGAUGAGAGUAAAGUGAAGGAACUUGAAUUGACUCGUCUACAAUUAUGUCAAGAAGUGGAGGAAAGAAACCAGCUUCUUAAUCAAAUUAUUGGUGAUGAACAAUCACUUCAGCAAGUAUUGGAUCAAACAGCAAAGAUGUUUAGACAAGCUCAUAGUGAACGUCAAGAACUUAUUAGCCAGUGGGAAGGUUCAGUACAAGUUCUACAUCAGCGGGACCUUGAUAUCCACAACAAAGUCCAGGAAAUAUCCAUGUUGCACUCUGAGUCACAACAAAAGGUGGAAAUGCAAAAGGAGCAAAGACAGUUUUUUAGAAAUGAAGUAAACAAUAACAAGGAAACUGAGGCUGACAUCUCAGUUAUCACGCGUUCUACCAUGAAACUGCAAAAUGAUUACAAGAAAUUACUAACAAACGUUGAUGACUUGGCUAAUGAACUGGGAACAAUGCGGCGCACUUUAGCAGGAUGUGCUUCACACCUGGAACACCAGCGGCAUAGAAAUACAGUAUUGGCCAGUGACAAUGUGGCCAAAGAAAAACAUGUUAAGGAACUGGUUGACGUGGUGCAGAGGACUAAGGAACGCUUGGAACAAGUUACUAACAGGACUGUAUCUGCCUCAGAGAGGACACAACAUUUGGAAGACAUGAUAAAGUCUGAGGAAAAUAAAAUAGACAUCUUGGUCCAACAGAGAAACAAAUUCAAUGACCUGCUGUGUCAAAUACAACAAGAACUGUGUGAUCUUAAGAAGCAGGAGGAACAACAGCAUAUUGACAUUCGUGGGCUGGAAUCUGCAAAAGUUCAAGUUUUGUCCAAUAUUCAGCAAACAAAGAAAGACUUUUUAUGCCAGACGGAAACUGUUUUCAAUAAGGAAUUCGAGGCCCAGAUGAUUGAGUCCCGUAUUCUUCGCCUCACAGGUACAGGUCAAGAUGCUGAAGAAAAAGAAGCUAUUGAGAAGAAGAUUGCAGAGCUGGAAGAGGUCUUGAGUGAAAAAGUGGCAGCUUUAAAUUUACUUACAGCCCAAAAUCAAAGACUGGAGAAUAGGGUUCGGAGGUUGACCAAGGCACUCAAAGAAGAUUCAGCAGAACUAGAAAACCUGGCAGGCAAACGACAAGAUCAAAUUCUGCUAACAGAUGGAGGGCAGAAACAACUGAAACUCGACCAAGCUCAUAAUCAGGCAAAACAAGUGGAGGAGAAUGUUCUUCGUCUCAGGGUGGUUCAGGCUGAGAAGGCAAUUGCUCAUGAAGGAGACAAAGUUUACUCACUGGAGAAGCAGAAGCUUGAGUUGGACACUGCUAUGAAGGAGCGAAAAGUGGAGAUUGGCAUGCAUAAAGAUAUCCUGUUUGUUCAGAAACGAAAGUUGAAUGAGGAUAGAUGUUACCUAAUAGCUGAUAUAAAGGCAUGUGAAACCAAAAUAUGCCAGCUGCAGAAGAAGUAUGAUAUUGUAAUGAGUUCACUUGGACAGUCUGAAAGUGGAGAACAACUUUCAGUUACAUACUUCAAAAUAAAGAGUGCACAAGAGAAAUAUGAGCUUCAGCAGCAAGGCGACAAACUAGAUGAAAAAAUAAGAACAACAGAAAAAGAAAUUCAAGCUAUGGAAAACACAUUGAAGGUUAUAAAUUUGGCAAAUGACAAAUAUAAGAAAAACUUAUCUGCUGUGGAUGAAGAAAGUGAUGAGUACAAAAAGAAACAGGAACUGGAGUCUCAAUAUUAUGUUGUUCUUGACACACUCAAACACCAGAAAACAAAGCUCAGUGAACUAGACAACCAAACUAAGGUACUGGAUCAAACUUUACAGGAAAUUUUCAUAACACAUGGCAAUAAAUAUUUUAUGUGGCAAAACAAAGAUCAAGAAGCAAGUGACUUAGACAAGGAUCUACGAGAACAAACCAUCAAGCUUGAACGUGCUCAAAAACAGCUUCACAAAACAAUGAGAGAAAUAAAAGGAACCAGACAAUCACAGCCCAUACCAUUUUAUUUGAAGGAUGUAAUGACCCGCGAGUUGCAAGAACAGAACCAGAGUGCUCUUCAGCAAUUGGCUGAAUUUGUAGCUCACCACAUAGAAGCAGGACCAGUAGUGACACGCUAUCUGGAGGAGAAGGGUUUGGUUCUUCCCCUGUCUCGUAGUCCUGGGGGAUCUCUUACCCGUGUUCUGUCUCGUCAUACACCAUCAUCAACCAGACUUUCACUUCCAGGUCCAGGCUCACCAUCAUCUAGUCAGUUAUGUGUCUCUGCUCGUUCCCAAGAUUUGGCUAGCAGCAGUGGCACAGCAUCAUCUAGGUCCAGUCACAAAUCCAGAUCCAGUCAGAGCCUUGCGUCUGUUACUGUCAUAACACUGGAUCCACUUCACUUGGAUGGUGCUGAAACUGGAGCAUCAUCUGUGAAACACAAGUCUGUGAAGAAAUAACAAAAAUUUAUAUAUGGAAAUAAGAAAUCGAAAAUUUAAGAUUUUAGAACACUAAAAUUAAAUUCAUGUUUGAAGAAAUUAAUAUGUUGUGUGUAGAGGCUAUAUUGGUAUUAUAAUUUACUUGUAAGAAUUUUUUUCUUUUGUUAAUUUAUUCUGAUGGUAAAAUUAAAUGACAGACUAUUCAGAUGAAGGGCAGCAAAUUAGUCAUGAACAGUGAACAGUCCUGUAUUCUGUUGAUGUGUUCCUGUGGCCUCAUCUUUGCUCACAGAUUACAUAUUCUAGCCGUGAAGCCGUAUAUUUGAACAUUCUCAGCACAUUUUUUAAAAAAAUGCCUUCUAACAUUUCUGGAUCAUUUUCUGUGAGGUGACCCUAGAGCCCUGAUGAUGGAGGAAGUAUGUUUCUCGCAUGAUGGAAGUACCCAAAUGACCAUCAUGUACACAAAAUUUAGGCUCUUAACAGAAAUUUCCAGGGUUGCAACACCAUUUGGACUAGUAAAUAGAUACCAGCAUUUUGGAGGAACAUACUAGUGCCAUCUUUAUGGCUUACGUUGGUAUCUACCUAUAAUUCCACAUGGUGCUAAGGCACAAAAGAAACAAAUCAGUGUGUUUGCCAUUGUGUUAACCUCAGAUCUCAUAUUUGGAUUUUUGACCAAUAAUGCCAUCUGUGAAGCAGGUUGAUUUAGUAACACCAGUUGUUGGAUCUAUGGAAUGAUACCCACGGUUAUCAGAUGUCAAUGAUGACAAACACCAUUUCAGGCACAUAACUUCUACAUUUAUACCCUGUAUAUUUCAAGGAAAUGUAGUAUCCAUAAUAAUGUAUUUAACAGUUUCAUACUGAAGAUUGCUGUCUUCUGGGUUAUUGCGCCGUGUAGUCUGGUAGAUUUCCACCAACGUUUCUGAGGUCAUACUGCCUCCAUCAUCACGGCAAUGAAUGUGCCAAUCAACCAAAAAGCUAACUAAAGGCGGAGUCCUGCACAAGCGCAAGACAUCGUCCCUUCCUAGGUAACACCAUUCCUAUGUACGAAACGCAUUGCUGGAAAUGGUAAAUAACUGAAACGGGAAUUUUGCAAACGCUAACGGGGUUCCAUCAUGGCGGGAGCCUUUAUCAUUCAAACUACGGUCUGUUGCUGCUGAUGGGAGGUUAUCCCGUCAGGCAACUUGUCCAAAAAUUUUGGUUGGUUGGUUGGUUCUCUGGGGUUUGAGCCCAGAGAGGGUGGGGCUGCUUCAGCUGAAGGCCUUCGUGAUCAGGGGUGGCGGGCCGUGGCCCUAUUAAAUAAUACCCUGGCAUUAGCCUUACAACUGAGGAAAAGCAUGGAAAACCUCAGUCACCAAGCAGAAAGGGCCAGGUUUAUAGGGACUGGACAGUAACUGGAGGAGCCUGAUCCUAGCCUAUGAGAGCAGGUGUCAAAUCAGGCAUGGGUAGGGACCAAUAGGAGUGCGUGGGCAGGUCUAGCGGUGUGUGUGAGAGAAAGGAGAGGUCCAAGAACUAGCCCUAUUGAGGGCCUCAGGAGGGAGUCCAUCCGGCGAGGUACCAGACAUUGGGAGUCGGGUGGAGAGUGGAAGCAAGCACAGGUCCUACAUAGUUUGAUACUGUCUGAAAUACCUGUUGUAUUGUAUUUAAGAGAACACAUACUAUGAAUGGGUGUACAUAUGCUUUCUUAAAAUAAGCUUACAAAGGGUAGGGUAUGUUCACAUGCUUUGAAGGAAGUGUGACAACUUUAUGAAUUUUUGGAAAGACAUACUAAUAAUCGGGACACUGGAGUUAUUAAAAUACUUCUUCAAAUUUCAUACAUUGUUUUUUGUGCAUAACACUGUUAUCACAGGUUUUACUCUGUAUUAGAUAUUAUAAUGUGGAUGUAAGCAUGUAUUACCACAUACAGGUGAUUAACUUGCAUGCUGUUUAAUGGAAACACAUAAGAGUUGUGGUAACAGUGUUCAACCAGUAAAAGUUAAGUGUUAGACUUCAUUAUCAGAGUAAUAUUAAGUGUAUGCGAAUUGGUUUAACAAGGUGACUAUCUCACUGCCACGAGAACCUGAAAUCUCAUCUGGUUUAACAAGUCUUGUUUUUCUUAUAUCUAUCAGAUGGAAAAGAGAAUGUUUCUCAGCAACACUAGAUAUUUUUAUUUUUAAAAAGCUACAGAUAUUUCAAUGUACAGUCCCCUUACUGAAUGUGUUGCACCACUGGAAACUAUCCUAUAUUUCAGCAACUCAUUUAUGUAUAUUAUGUCCAGCACAAUAGUGAAGUACAACACACUCCACAAAUUAUUUUUUAUAACUCUGGGUACAUGUUUUAGUGAAUGGGACAAUAAUGUUCCUCUCUAUUCCACCGGUGUAAAGUAUAAUGAUAUGCCUGCAUAUAUUUUGUUCAUCUGUAUGUCUUGCUUAAAACUGAAAUAAAUGUGAAUUUUUUUGUAAGUAUUUGUACGAUUUCCCAUUUUUUACAGAUCUUAACAUACCUGGAGUAUACUCUAUUUUUUUUCAAGAAAGCUGAAGUAGUCAUAUUUAAACCAAAUGCUAAAGUAUAUAAUAACCAAGGAAAAAGGUACUAACUAAAAUAAUUCAAGAAUCAUUUAGGAUAUGCUGACCUCCUGAUGGUGAACAUUCACCAAUAAUACAGAUUUGUGAUGAGUGUGCAUUGUACUUAAAAUGUAAUUCAUGGAGACUGUACCAUAUAUAGGAAAGAUUAAGAUUAAUUAAGUAAUAUAUAAAUUGUUCAUUAUAUCUAUUUGCAGAUCUGACUAAAUGUAUGGCAUUUAGCUAUGAUAUUAUACUCCUGGGGGAAGUCCCCAGGUACCCACUGGAUAGGAAGGAAGGUGGGUAAAUGCAGUACCAGUAUGGAUUGGGCGGGGAAGAUAAAUGCAGCUAUUACUGCCAAGAAAUGAACCCAGGCCAUCAUUUUACUGACUGACUUAUUCACAGAGAAUAGCUCUGGAAAAUACAAAUAUAAUUUUGUCUUCAUGACACACACUCAUUACAGAUUUUCUGCUGAUAAAAUCAGGGAUGGUAACAUUACAGUAUUCUGAAUCAUUCUGUACAUUGAAUAUUACAAGACGGUUACACCACAGACUGAAUGAAGAGCAGCAUAACAGAGAAAAAAGAAGAGAGGGAUAAAGAGAAGGAGUGGAGGCAAAAUGGAAACAGAUGACAAUGUAAGGAAAUGGGAAACAGGUGAGGAAUUCUGAGAGAGAAUCAAAGAGACUUACAGAAAAAAGAACAUUAUUGUAUCAGCUAACAGUCAACUAAAGACUUCUAAGAUUUGAGGUUUUCACAGCGAUGACAUCUGAAAUGUUGGUUAACAUCGACCAGACUACACAGCGCAACAACCCAGAAGACAGAAAUCUUCAACUAAAGACUUAUAUACUCACUGAAUAUGAAGCGAUCCAAGACAUAAAACAAUCAUUGAUGAUAAAGUGUUAUAUUAUAUACAUAAUACAUAUAUUUAUACUAUUUUGAACAAACUCACAGUGCCACAACACAAAAUUAUAUUUCAGAAAGAAGCCCUAAAACUCAAUGCUCAAAAUUCAUGGCACUGGUACAAGUUGUAUGUGGUAAAAACUGAAAUUAAAACAGAAUGCUGCAUGGCCUCAAGGAAAAACGGAACAGUGGAAAACGAGUUAGAACAUUGAAUGAGAAACUGGAUAUAGGCCCCUUUCACAAGGUCAAUUUGCUUCUGUGGCAUGCUGCUCCACACCAUUAGAGACACAGUGACUUGCAUGCAGGUCUACAUACAAUUCACUCACAGUGGCUCCA